AUGUCACCCAAGCGACGCGGCUCACUCGCCUUCCCCGUCAACAACCUCCGUCGAUAUGUCACUCUUAUCUCCCAACAAGUCGCUAUCGGUGCAUCCUUGAUCAUCAAGCACCCCUUCACCCCACCUCCAGUCCCGUCUUGGCCCCUCCACCUCGCCCUCUUUGUCGCUGUUGUCCGUGCAACCGCCGACUAUCAGGAACAUAUUGUCGAAGACAUUUCGGAUAUUCGACACAUGAUUGACACCUUCUUCCAUUACCUCCCCAAGUUACCCAUGAUGCACAUCGUCCCUUACAAACUCCCAAUCCCUGCCCGUGGACAUGAGUUCCCUGGAGUGCUGGAACCUUUGGAGCAGAGCGAGACCGGGCAUCGAACCUUACCCGGAAUUUGGAUUGCGGAUUCGAAAGUGUGGAGCAAGGUCAUGAGGAUGCCGAUUGCUCCAUCUGCAAAGGCGUCCAAGGACCCUUAUGCGGCGCGAGAGGGCGAGAAGGUGGUUUUCUAUACCCAUGGUGGAGGGUAUUUCAUCUGCAGCACUGCGACCCAUCGCGAGAUGCUCUGGAGGAUCUCGCGUGCUACCGGGCGCCGCAUCUUUGCGGUGGAUUAUCGUCUUGCACCAGAACAUCCAUUCCCAGCAGCCUUGCAAGACGCCUCGCAUGCAUUCCACCACCUGACAGACCCUCAGGGUGUUGGCUUCGAUCCCAAGAACGUCACUGCUGCCGGCGACUCUGCUGGCGGCGGAUUGAUUAUCGCCUUGAUGAUGUACCAACGCGAUCAUGGGCUCCCCAUGCCCUCCAAGGCCUUUCUCCUCUCUGACAAGAUGAAGACCAUGGCCCGACACCCUUACAUCUCCCCUCUCUGGGGAUCCCUCGAGGGGUUACCACCAAUGUUGAUCCAAUGUGGGGAGGCGGAACGGUUGAGGGACGAGUGUAUCCUGUUUACUUAUAAGGCUGGAGGGUGUUUUGGAACCUCUAACAAGCUGCCGGUUCAACUCGAGUCGAGUCAAGUGGAGUUGGAUACGUAUCCGGGGAUGGUGCAUGUUUUCCAGGCGUUCCCAUUUUUGCCAGAGUCAAGUAUGGCACUGCAGCGGAUGCUGGAGUUCAUGCAGCUUAAGGAGGCGGAUGUUGCUGUGGCCGAGGAGACCGUAGGGUUAGAGGUGGCUGUGGAGGUUAGAGGUGAGGCUGAUGCUAGACAAGACGAGGGUGAGUAUACAAUGGAUGAAGCGACAAUGGUGAGGGAGUUGGAGAAAGUUGAGGUUGCGGGCAAAUUGAUGGAGGAUUUGGUUGGCAUGUCGAGAGGGAUGGAGGAUCUCCCGGCGUCUUUGCAAUUGAGGGAGGGUGAUGUUCGCCUAGAAGAAGUUCAUACUUCUGCCGCCGUCGCGACCGCUGCUGUCCGCGCAUGA